GGAGCGUUUGGCUGUCAGGCUACCGCGCUGACUGGUUUGGGCGUCGGGACCGUGAAGGUAGAGCUCCCCGUCCCGGGCGGCUACUUUCCUCUCUCUAGCUGCGCACAGUCAUAGUGUUUCGCCCAGGACCCAAGGACCCCUCAGCCGGGCUUGCUUAGAGAAGACGCCGCCCCCCAGCACUUGGGACCCUGGCGUCUCGGACUGCUCUUCCUGUCGCUGGGGAACUGCCGGGUUGAGCAGCUGGGAGAAGCAGGCCAGAGCCUUCCAGGGCCUCGGGCCCGGGGACCCGUGGAGGAUGAGCUGGCUCUUUCCCCUGACCAAGAGCGCCUCCUCCUCCGCAGCUGGGUCCCCCGGUGGCCUCACCAGCCUCCAACAGCAGAAGCAGCGCCUCAUAGAGUCCCUCCGGAAUUCACACUCCAGUAUAGCUGAAAUACAGAAAGAUGUGGAAUACAGGUUGCCGUUCACCGUAAACAACCUGACAAUUAAUAUUAACAUAUUGCUCCCUCCACAGUUUCCUCAGGAAAAACCAGUGAUCAGUGUUUAUCCACCAAUACGACAUCACUUAAUGGAUAAACAAGGGGUAUAUGUUACCUCUCCAUUAGUAAACAAUUUUACAAUGCACUCAGAUCUUGGAAAAAUUAUUCAGAGUCUGUUGGAUGAGUUUUGGAAGAAUCCUCCAGUUUUAGCUCCUUCUUCAACAGCAUUUCCAUACCUCUACAGUAAUCCAGGUGGGAUGCCUCCUUAUGCAUCCCAGGGUUUCCCAUUUCUUCCUCCAUAUCCCCCACAAGAAGCUAACAGGACUAUCACUUCUUUGUCUGUUGCUGACACUAUUUCUUCUUCAACAACAAGUUACACACCAGCCAAACCCGCUGCUCCUUCUUUCGGUGUCCUUUCAAAUCUGCCGUUACCUGUUCCUACAACAGACACUUCAGCACCGAUAAGCCAAGAUGGUUUUGGUUACAAGAUGCCAGAUAUCCCUGAUACAUUUCCAGAACUCUCAGAACUAAGUGUGUCACAGCUUACAGAUAUGAAUGAACAAGAGGAGAUAUUACUAGAACAGUUUCUGACUUUGCCCCAACUAAAACAGAUUAUUACUGACAAAGAUGACUUAGUAAAAAGUAUUGAAGAGCUAGCAAGAAAAAAUCUCCUUUUAGAGCCCAGCUUGGAAGCCAAAAGGCAAACUGUUUUAGAUAAGUAUGAAUUGCUUACACAGCUGAAAUCUACUUUUGAAAAGAAGAUGCAAAGGCAACAUGAACUUAGUGAGAGCUGUAGUGCGAGUGCCCUACAGGCAAGAUUGAAAGUAGCUGCACAUGAAGCUGAGGAAGAAUCUGAUAAUAUUGCUGAAGAUUUCUUAGAGGGAAAAACUGAAAUAGAUGAUUUUCUCAGUAGCUUCAUGGAAAAGAGAACAAUCUGCCACUGUAGAAGAGCCAAGGAAGAGAAACUUCAACAAGCAAUAGCAAUGCACAGCCAAUUUCAUGCCCCACUAUAGAUUUUCCUGAAAACAUAAACUGCCAAGACAGAAAGGACACAAGACUAAGCACAUUUUUAUGUAUGAUUUGCAAAUUGGCAUUUCAUCACAGUGGCUGAAUUCAUAGAUAUCCUGUUAUAGAUCAUAUACAGAACUGAGACUGAUUUUGUACAGAUUAGAAUGACUGCUGUAGCCUUCGCUUUGAGAAAUUUUUCUGCACGAUUUGCACUAUGUUUAUUUAUUGUUGAUCAAUCCUAUCAUAUUUAAGUUCCACUGCUGUUCCUCUGUUCAAUUAUUAAGUACCUAUGCAUGUAAUUUUAGCUAGUAUCAAUAUUUUAUAAAAUUGCUUCGUUUAAAUUUAUAUUUUUAAUUUGACACUGCCUCAUUUAUCAAAAAUGGUUUGUUUAGAUAUUUUUCCUCUAAACCUUUUUGAAAAAUUACUAUUUUCAACUGUAGAAAGCCUUAUUUCUCCUUCUUUCCAGAUGAUGAAACUUUCAAAAAAUAUUUGUUUUUAAAUAUUUAUAGUGUCAGGAAAUACCAAACCUACUAAUGUGCCAUCUCAAGAAAGUAACUUUUAAUACACAAUAAAUCAAGAGAAUACAUCAGCUGCUCAUAUAUUGUUUAAUUUUUAAAAUUAAGGAUACAUUUAGGGGCGCCUGGGUGGCUCAGUUGGUUAAGCGACUGCCUUCGGCUCAGGUCACGAUCCUGGAGUCCCGGGAUCGAGUCCCGCAUCGGGCUCCCUGCUCGGCAGGGAGUCUGCUUCUCCCUCUGACCCUCCCCCCUCUCAUGUGCUCUCUCUCAUUCUCUCUCUCAAAUAAAUAAAAUCUUUAAAAAAAUAAAUAAAUAAAUAAUAAAAUAAAAUAAAAUUAAGGAUACAUUUAAGAAGCAAUACAGUUAAAUAAUUAUUUUACCUAAUAGAAAAAAAUUGCCUUCCGCUUCAUCUAGUCCAACAUAAACUUUCAUACUCCUUUUUUUAUAUAAUUAUCUGAUAGGCUUGUGAUUGGAUAAUGAUAUACUUUCUAAAUUCCUAAUGUUAAAAACAAUCUUUUUGUUAAUAAAUAGUAAAUCUAGACACAGAAGUGAAUGAAUUCUUUUGACCUUUACUGUGAGUUAGCUUUUCAUAAGAGAACAACUUUAUUAAUAAAAUUAAUAUUUAACUUUUGGGCAGUCUAGUUUUUAAUUAAUUUUAUUGAAUUUGCUCUUUAAAUUGUACUAUGUUCAGCAGUUUGCUUCUAUACCAUGUUACAGAAUGAACACAGUUUAUGGGUAGCUGUCAAAGCUAAUAAAGGAGAAAAUCUGUAACUAUGUGUAUCUGAGGCUUGGUAAGGUGGUGUCUAAAUCACAAAACAAGUUAAUGCAUACUUUUGUUUAAAUUUCCAUCCCAAUAUGUAUUGUUAUUCCAGAUGCCAGCAUAUAAUACUACAGUUUUGUUUUUUUUUUUAAUUCUUUUUCUUUCUGUACAUGUCCUUGGCAAUAGAACUUUAGGAAAAAAAAAAUUAUUUUCUUAGAAUUGAAAAAUAAUACUUAAUCUGUCUUUGUGGAAGAGCACGUAUUCAUAUGGACUAUAAGUAUAUAAUUGGAAUAAAGAUAUUAACUUUCAUUAAUUGCCUGUCUCACUGGCGCUGUGCUAAGGGCAUGCUGUUUAAUCUUCAGAAUGACCAGACAUGAUUUUUAUGGAUUUGUAGAUGAAAUAACCGAGGUAAGUGUUUUAAAUUUAUGGCAGAGUCUUCUGGGUAUUCAGAAACCUUUGCAUAUUGCACAGACCAGCAGAACUUCCAAUUUUCCCAGCAGUCACUGCAAUGGAGGACAUAAUAGCCCCAGUCUUUUGCAAAUAAUCAGGUGGCUUUCUUAGAAACUGUGUAGAACCUAUAACAAGAGAGCAGCAGAUCACAGCCAUUUUAAAAGGACAUUAAUUCAUUUGAUCUGCUAAUUUUAUUUAACACCUAUUCAGAAUAAGGCACAGUGGAAAUACUAUACAGUAACUCAAACAUGGUUUAGGUGCUUGGGUGCUCAUCUGCCUUC